AUGUAACAUCAUAUACUUAUUUCUCCAUCCAGAGUGACUGUUUAAUAAAAAACUCCUGUAUCUAAGAACACCUUGAUCUCUCCUUAACGAUUUCCCAAUAGAAAAAUAUCUCAGGGUGUCAUUGAAGAUUUCGUUGUUAGAUCCAAUUACAUUACCAAAACAAAUAAUGGUAGCUUGACUGAAAGAGUUAAUAGUAUAUAGAAAUCAUAAAAAUCUGUUUCUAAAGAUAAAAUAAGACCAAUUAGCAAAUAAUUACGUAUUCCAACUGAAAACUUUUUCCAUAUUACUAAAGGUGUUAAUUUACUUCUGACACAGAAAAACACUAAUCCUUAGUAAUAAAAUUAUCAAUAACUUAAACCUAUUUAAGGCUCUAUGACAAGAAGAAAUAGCAUGGAAGAACUAGUUGGUAGCACUAUGUAUACUGGAAUCACUAAAUCGUAAUCCUAAGAUAAAAUAUAGAAAUAAGAGAUUUCCAUCUAUGUUCAUUUCUCAUAAGAAGAAGUACAAAAUUAUAGAUUUACUCCUAAUGUUACCACAGAUAAAAUCAUUAAUCUAUUGAAGUAAAAAUAAUACAAUAAUAAUUCAAUUAUUGGGUUUUCAACUGUGGAUGAAAAUUAUGCUAUUGAUUACUAUUUAUAACAAACUAAUUUACCUAUGGAUUCAUUUAUCAAUAAAACAAUUAGAUUGAAACCUAUAUACAAUCAAAAUAUUAAAAGAAUUAAUUUAAGUAGUUUUUAAUUCAUUUCUAUUAUUGGUAAAGGUGGAUUUUCAACUGUUAUUUUAGCUAGAUCUCUUAUUGAUUGUAAAUUUGUUGCCCUUAAAUUAAUAAAUAAAUAAUUCAUUUAAUAGCAUUAAAAAUAAGAUUUAAUAUUAAAUGAAAGAGAUAUACUUAUUCAAAGUACUUAUAGUGGUUCCAUUUUUACUAAUCAAAUUGAAUGUGCUUUUGAAACUAAGAAUUGGAUAGUUUUUGGAAUAGAUUAUUGUCCAGGAGGAGAAAUGUUUAAUUUUAUUAAAAAGUUAUAAAGACUAUCAGAAUAAUAAGCAAAAUUUUAUAUUAUUGAAGUAAUCUUAGCUAUAGGAUUCCUACAUAAUGAAUAAAUUAUUUAUAGAGACAUUAAACCUGAAAAUAUCUUAAUUGAUUCUAAUGGACAUAUCCAAUUAGCUGAUUUUGGUUUAGCUAGACCUAACAUGAAUAAAGAUACAUGUGCUUAUUCUUUUUGUGGUUCACCUGAAUAUAUGGCACCUGAAAUGUUUUAAACAACAGGUCAUACUUAAUUAGUUGAUUAUUAUUGUUUAGGAUGCUUAUUAUAUGAAUUUGUUACUGGAUUACCUCCUUUCUAUUCUGAAGACAAAAAUAUCAUAUAUGCCAGAUUACUAAAAGAAUAAGUUGAAUUUCCAGAUUAUUUAAGUACAGAUAUUAAAGAUUUAAUAAGAUAAUUGAUGAUUAAAGAUCCUCAUAAAAGAUUAGGUUCACGCUUUGGAAUCGAUGAAAUCUUUUCACAUAAAUGGUUUAGAGAUAUAGAUCUAAUUUCUUAUAUUAACAAAUAAGUUAAACCUCCAUACAUUCCUGAUUUACUAAAAAUUAAUAUCAAAUAAAUGACUUAAAAUGACAAACAUUUCUUUGAACAAUUACAAAAAGAAUAAAAAUUAAAUAUUCCAUUUCAACCCAUGUUCUCUACUUAAUUUUAUUUUACCAAAGAUCAAAACAAUAAUAAUAAUCAGAAUAAUCCCACUCUAAAUAAAGCAAUAUUAGAUAAAUUAAUUAAAAAAACUCUUAAAAAAAAUCCAAAGUAAGGUUUAACAAAUCUUUAGUUAUAAACAAAUUUUGAAAAUCUUCUUAAAUAAACAUUUACUAAUGCUAAGUCUAAACCUGAUUCAAGAAAUAAGUAGUAACUUCCAUUUUGA